CUCCUCUCUCUCGCCAGCGGCGACUGGGGUUCUCCCUCCACACCGUCUCCCAGUUCCUCGCCCCCUUCUCCGCCCACCCUCCUGCCAGAGCGUGCAGAUAGGGAACCGCAGCCCGAGCGCGGCUGAGGGCGCCGGGGGAGGCGGCCGUGGGUGUGUGCGUGUGUUUGAAGGACGCCACCUCUCGCUCCUGCGUUCGCAGGCGGUGACUGGCGGCGGGGCUUCUCGCUCCGGCAACGGUGGCGACCGCGGCGGCGGCUUCCGGAGUCCCGCCGCGAAGAUGCUCAAAGUCACGGUGCCCUCGUGCUCCGCCUCGUCCUGCUCUUCGGUCACCGCCAGUGUGGCCCCGGGGGCCGGGAGCCUCGUCCCGGAUUACUGGAUCGACGGCUCCAACAGGGAUGCUUUGAACGAUUUCUUCGAGGUGGAGUCGGAGCUGGGACGGGGUGCUACAUCCAUUGUAUACAGAUGCAAACAGAAGGGGACCCAGAAGCCUUAUGCUCUCAAAGUGUUAAAGAAAACAGUGGACAAAAAAAUCGUAAGAACUGAGAUAGGAGUUCUUCUUCGCCUCUCACAUCCAAACAUUAUAAAACUUAAAGAGAUAUUUGAAACCCCUAUAGAAAUCAGUCUGGUCCUAGAACUCGUCACAGGAGGAGAGCUGUUUGACAGGAUUGUGGAAAAGGGAUAUUAUAGUGAACGAGAUGCUGCAGAUGCUGUCAAACAAAUCCUGGAGGCAGUUGCUUACCUACAUGAAAAUGGGAUUGUUCAUCGUGAUCUCAAACCAGAGAAUCUUCUCUAUGCAACUCCAGCCCCAGAUGCACCACUCAAAAUUGCUGAUUUUGGACUCUCUAAAAUCGUGGAACAUCAAGUGCUCAUGAAGACAGUAUGUGGAACCCCAGGGUACUGCGCACCUGAAAUUCUUAGAGGCUGUGCCUAUGGACCUGAGGUGGACAUGUGGUCUGUAGGAAUAAUCACCUACAUCUUACUUUGUGGAUUUGAACCAUUCUAUGAUGAAAGAGGCGAUCAGUUCAUGUUUAGGAGAAUUCUGAACUGUGAAUAUUACUUUAUCUCCCCCUGGUGGGAUGAAGUAUCUCUAAAUGCCAAGGAUUUGGUCAGAAAAUUAAUUGUGUUGGAUCCUAAGAAAAGGCUGACUACCUUCCAAGCUCUCCAGCACCCGUGGGUCACAGGUAAAGCAGCCAAUUUUGUACACAUGGAUACAGCUCAAAAGAAGCUCCAAGAAUUCAAUGCCCGGCGCAAGCUCAAGGCAGCAGUGAAGGCCGUGGUGGCCUCUUCCCGGUUGGGAAGCGCCAGCAGCAGCCAUGGCAGCAUCCAGGAGAGCCAGAAGGCCAGCCGAGAGCCAUCUCCAACACAAGAUGGCAAUGAAGAUGCUAAAGCUAUUCCGGAAGGAGUGAAAAUUCAAGGAGAUGGGGCCCAAGUGGCAGUUGAGGGGGCAGAGGCUGAGCUGAUGAAGGUGCAGGCCACAGAGAAAGUUAAAGAUGCUGAAAUAAAUGCUGCUGAGGCCACCAAGAUGGUGCCCGAGGCAUUAGAGGAUGGGAUAAAGGAGGCUGACCCAGAAAUAGAGGAGGGCCUAGUGGAGGAAAAGCUGAAGACUGUUGAGGAAGCAGCAGCCCCCAAAGAAGGGCAAGAAAACCCUACUCUGGAAUUUGGAGCUCAGCAGAAUGAUGUGAUCCUGCCAGAGUACUAAAUGGCUUCCUUCCAUCUGGGAGCCAAAUCCUGGCACUUUAUGCAUUUUGUCCUUCAGCAAGGAAGGUGUGGAAGCAUGAUAUGCAUUAUAGUGAUUCUGUUUUUAAGGUGCAAAAAAAUACAUAUAUAUCAGUUGGUAAUCCUAACUUCAAUGCAUGUGACUGCUUUAUGAAAAAAUAGUGUCUUCUAUGGUAUGUAAUGGAUACCAAAUACCUACUGAUGAAUUAAAUUUGAAAUUGCAAGUAAACACAACAUAACAUUUAAAAACAUACAUUUUCAGGGACCAGUAGCACACAUUUGAAGUAAAUAGUAACAAAUUGUUUUUGCUUUGAAAACCUAGCCAGCCUACACCCUUUGGAUUUCUUUACAAGGACUGUUGCUCAGCUAAUACUAGGUAGAGCUAUAAGAUGUAUUCCCAUGACAUUCACAGUCUUUUCAGUAAUGUGUUCAAACUGUUUACAAGAAGAUGGUUAGGUUAUAGUUGUAUGGUAUGUGCAAAAAAAAAAAUCCACUUAUAAUGGUAAGAAACUGAAGCAUACUUUAAGGGCUAUGAAACCAUAUGCCCCUAAAGCUUGUGUGCAGAAUGCUUUUUUUAUCUUGUCUUUAUUUAUACACAUCAUAUUACUAAUAACCAAAAACAUUCUAUUACAAAUUUCUGCCAUUUUACAGUCCUAAAAAAAUUAUUUUACAAACUCACGCUGAGGAAUUUAUUCUUUCCUUCACCUGCUCUCUAACAAGAAGUCCUUCUGAUGGACAACACUUAGGGGUGGAAUAAAGAAAUUUAGUGAAGAAAAGGAGAUAAGACUGGGACUUAGACUAAUAAAGACUGACUCCUUGUCAUUUUUCAGAUAAAAUUGAAUUUAUUCACAAGCUUGUACAAUUUUAAAUAUAGGAACACUUUUAUGGAUAAACUCUAUACUUACCAAGGUUCAGAUAUUUAGAAAAGUCUACACCAAAGGCUGAUGCCAAAAUGUCUGAAUAGAGUGGGAAUAAUAUCCCAUUGUAAGAUCAUCCAUUAUUGACUUUAGUAAGGAAACCUUUGUUUUUAUAAAAGUCCUUUUUUUCCUUCAACUGAUGGUUAUUUAGAUAUACGGCUUAUGGACUAAAGAUAUUUCUGAAAAGCUAGUAUAUCUUUUUCUCAUACUUGGAAUGGAAGCACCCAUAUUUACAAUAUAUUUUUGAGAGUUUCCAUGUCCAGAAAUGUAGGACAAUGCAGCUUUUAAUUUACUUUAGUAAACAAAAAGAAACAAUGAAAAAACACUGAUUUCAAAUCAGACUCUUGAGAAGCUGUAACAUUAGACCUAAUACAUUACCAUGAUUUUUUUCAAAAUAUUUUUCUUUGGUUUUCAUAUAAACACUUUUCCCUUAUAAAAAUCACAGUUAAAUUCCAAAUACCUCAGAUUUAUUUCUAGCUUGAGCGUAAAUGAACAUUUUUAUCAAAUUAAUUAUGCAGCAUAUUUUAGUAGGUUUCCUUAAUUUUAAAAAAGGAUUAUUUUCAGGCCAAAAUUAUGAAUAAAAAUGACUAUCACAUAAAAAUCCUCCUCAAAAAUAGAGAUCUUAAAUUCUUUUGGCUCUUCCUCAGACCUAUUAAAUUAGAAAAUUAAAUUAAACCUCUGGUUUCUGGGGACUAUCGGACCUUGGAGACAUUCUGCUUUCCAAGUGCAAAUUUUUCUUUACUCCUGUUCUCAUGAGAAGAAAAUAAGGUAGAACUUCUUGUCUUCCAUAAUAUAGGGGCCUGACAGAUCACUGACGUGGAGGAAAAAGCCCUUAAGGGUACAUCAUCUGGACUAGGAGAAAGAUUUUUUGUUUCAUUUUAUCUUUAUUAAUUAGUAGAGAGUACUUAUCUUUUUCUCUACUGUUUCCUUCCUUCUUUAUUCUCUCAGAAUUUCCAUUUUAGCUAUUAUAAGGGGCUCACUAGUUUCAACCUUUAAGAAUGCCUUCUUCCCUAAGCAUUAAGAUUUCUAUUUUAAAAGACCAAUUGCCUGGUAUACUUUUCCCAAAGAGACUUAACAGGUGUAUAUGGUGAGGCGUAUAUGGUAAGUGUCCCAUAUAUUGGAAAAUACCAAUUGCCUGGUAUACUUUUCCCAAAGAGACUUAACAGGUGUAUAUGGUGAGGCGUAUAUGGUAAGUGUCCCGUAUAUUGGAAAAGGGAAGAAGAGAGGGAAAGGAAUCUUAAUGGAAAGUGGCAAUACUAAUAGGAAGAUGAGAACACAUUGUCCCUCCCAGCCCACCUCCAUAUUGUUCCAAGGUCAGUGGUUAUAUCAUCCCAACACUCAGGGCUGACUGCAAUGGUCAGACCUGCGGACUGUGUAGUGUGAAGAGCACUGCAAAUGCCAAGGCCAGUGUGUGUUUAAGAAUUUACCCAUUUAAAUGAGUACACAUGCCUAUUCCCUGGUGCGUACUCGAGGGUGUGAGCGUAAUUUCCUCUUUUUUAACCUGUAAAUUGCACCCUCUAAAAAUCAGCAGGAGUUUUAAAUUUUGACUUGUAUGUUAAAGAUUAAGUCCUGAUAAUGCCUAAGUGACUGAGUUAGUCAUUUCAGUGGAAAACAAGUCAAAGCUUCACAAAAAUCGGUCAUUUCAGCCAAAUGAUUCAACCUAAGAUUUCACAGAGAUGCUAUUUAAGUUAGGAUAGUUAAAUUAACAUUUUUGAAAAAACAGUAAACAUUUAUAUUGCUUGUUAAAAUGGGAUAUAUUAUCUAUCUCAAAGAUUACUUAUUUAUAAUAGUAGACUAAUGCAGAUAGAACCUUAAUUUGAUGAACUAUUUCAUAAUGUUUCCUUUAACUGACAAUAUAGUCACAAAGCAAAUAAUUAAGGGAAUUUCAGCAAACAAUAAAUUACAUUUUGCAUUUUAGAGAUGACAGUUAUUACGUUAUUGAUUUUUGUUCUCAGAUAAGUUCAGAUACAUAGCAUCAACCAGACUAUUUUGCCAUAGAGAAGGAAAAUCUUGAAUUAUUUCUCCCAUUUAAAAAGUCUAAUUGGAAUCCCAGUGGUUUUUCUCAAACCGUAAGAGCUCAUUUGUCCCAUGAAUACAUAAAUAAGGUAGAAAUUAGAAUAAUAUGGUUGUAGAAGUUAUUGUCUAGAACAAGUGCUGCCUAAUAUAGAUGAUACGAACCACAUAUGUAAUUUAAAAUUUUCUCCUAGCCACAUUUUAAAAAGUAAAAAGAAAAAAAAAAAGCUGGUAAAAUUAACUAUAUUUUAAUCCAAUAUAUCCAUACUAUUAUUCCAAUACAUCAUCAAUAUGAAAAAUUAACAAGACCCUUUAAAUUUUUUAUUUUUCUACUAAGUUUUCAAAAGAAGGAUUAUGUUACACCUUUAGUACAUCAAGUGCUCAAUAGCCACAUGUGACUAGUGGCUACAGUGGUACUGGAAGAGCACUGGUCUAGAGCACUUUCAAAGCAAAAUGACACACGAAUUUCUAUGCUUAGAUUUGAGCUGCCUCAGUUUUCCACACUGAUGAGUUGGUAGGAGGCCAAAAGGAAAAUGUUUCAGAAAUGUCAUAGACUGAGUAAAAACUCUGUUGGCCACGUCUACUUAUUCAUGUGCUUCAGAGGAGAAGUGUUUCCCAGCAUGACGGUUAGAGAACUUUCCUGGGCAUUGGCAAGUUGUCUGUUGGCUACAGUUCCUCUCUUUGGGCCCUGGAAUCUUGACUACAGGCUAGCGUCUCCUGAGUACUGCCAUGAAGCCAAUCGUGUUCUCACAUACCAAAAUCUACUGCGGGCGAACCAUGUGUCCUCAUUCAGGAAGGACUGCACACAGAAUCUUAGUGGGAUUUUGUAGGCCUGGCCACCAACAAGGCUGGACACCAUCCUUGUGUUGCAGGCAAUAUUUCUUUAUAGAAAUCUUCUGAAAUAUACCAAAUUUGCAUGAUAAAGACUGUAUGAUAAGGAUGAUAUCACCCCAGUUAUCCUUAAAAUGAGAAUAUGACCAUCCGCUGGCAUUUUUUAUAUUUCCUUAGAAGAGUUUAAUCAACUCUGCCAUUACACAUGGAUUCAAAAGACUUUUUGGAAUUUUCUUACAUAUUGCUAUUUUAGAAUAAUCCUCAAGGUUCUAUAGCCAUUUUUAGUGGCAGACUUUAAAAGAAAGGAACAGUUUGCCUUUUACUGUGACCUCAAUUACAUAGUAUUUUAAACAUAUUUUGUAAUUUAGAAUGUUUAGCAAUCCCUAUUUCCAGUUUCACAUGCAAGGUAACUGCUUGAAGAUUGCCUAUAGACUGAAAAUUUAGAGAAAGCCAUUUUGUUUCAUAAUUCAGUUGUUUCACAGAAGCAUCUGGUUGCAUUGCAAAUCUGAAAAUAAAAGAAGUAAAUGCCAAAAAAGGCAAAGGAUAAAAUCAGUAAAUCAUUUAUUCUGUUUCAGGAUUGUCUUUGCAAAGCAAAUGCAAAAAAAGUCAAAAAAGUGAAUCAGCACUAGGUUUUUCUUGAUGAGGCUGAC